AUGCCAUCAGUUCCGGACGACGACACUCCUGCUAUUGUUCUAGACAAUGGAUCGGGUAUGGUAAAAGCGGGUUUCUCAGGCGAGGAUGCGCCUCGCGCUGUGUUUCCUGCACUUGUUGGACGAGCUCAUUAUAGUUGCAUUAUGCCUGGGAUGGGACAGAAAGAUGCUUAUAUAGGGGACGAAGCUUUAGCAAAAAAAGGAAUACUAACAAUAAAAUAUCCCAUUGAACAUGGAAUUGUCACAAACUGGGAUGACAUGGAAAAAAUCUGGCAUCAUACAUUUUACAAUGAAUUGCGUAUUGCACCCGAAGAACAUCCCGUAUUAUUAACCGAAGCACCGUUGAAUCCAAAAGCAAAUCGAGAAAAAAUGACUCAGAUUAUGUUUGAAACAUUCAAUACACCAGCAAUGUACGUUGCAAUCCAAGCUGUUUUAUCACUAUACUCUAGUGGACGUACUACUGGCGUUGUUUUGGACAGCGGCGAUGGCGUCACACAUACAGUUCCUAUCUACGAAGGCUAUGCAUUACCUCAUGCCGUCACUCGGUUGGAUUUAGCUGGGCGUGAUCUAACAGAUUGGAUGGUUCGUUUAUUAACCGAACGAGGAUAUUCGUUCGUUUCAACAGCUGAACGUGAAAUCGUGCGUGAUCUAAAAGAAAAGCUAUGCUAUGUUGCUCUAGAACAUGAACAAGAAUUGAACAGAUCAAUGACAUCAGCAUCAAUUGAAAAGACAUAUGAAUUACCGGAUGGACAGAUAAUUACAAUUGGAAAUGAACGUUUUCGAUGUCCAGAGACGUUAUUUUCUCCGGCAUUGAUUGGUCUGGAACAGCCAGGCAUCCAUGAAAUGCUGUAUAACACUAUUAUGAAAUG